AUGGUGCCUCUGUAUCCCCCAAAGAAGAGACUUGCCCCCUCCAGAUACCGUAAACCAUCUUUAUCCGCGGCAUAUCCCAGGCCGAAGGCUCCACCUCAGAGAACGCUGCUCUACACCAUCAUCGCUGCAUCUGUCUUCGUAGCCAUUCUCUUCUUCGCCUCGCCCGCCGUACCAGUGGUACAGGACCUUCGUCUCUUCCACCACACACCCAUACACAAGCCUCCGGCGCAGAAGAACAGUACCAGUGGAGAUGCAAAGUGGUACAGUGACUGGAAAUGGCUUCACCCAUUCUCAUAUUCGAUUACACAGGAUGAAGACAGGUCAGUGCUACCGCCAUUGUUGACAAGACCGCCAAUCUACACAUUUUACGACGACCUAGCGGAGAAAGACGAGAAGAUCAAGGCCGUGGAGAGCAAGCUCCUUCUGCUAUGGAGGAGAGCAUGGUGGGCUCAGGGGCUCAGGCCGGUCAUAUUGGGCAGGUCAGAGGCGAUGAUGAACCCGCUGUAUGAGGCAAUUCAGAUGCACAAGCUGCAGCCGCAAAUGGAGGCUGAGAUCGUGAGAUGGUCGGCUUGGGGCCAGAUGGGAACAGGCAUACUUGCAAACUGGCUGGCUCUUCCUAUGGGUCCUCACGAUGACCAUCUGCUGUCACACUUCAGACGAGGCCAAUACUCAAAGCUGACGCGGUACGAAGGCCUAGGGGCUGGUCUUUACUCCGGAGAGAAGAAUGCCAUCAACGCUGCUAUCUCAGAGACGCUGAAAUCUCCUGAGCUGGAAAAGUCGACAUCAAUCUUCGACGUUGUGAAGCACGAGACCAUACAUGUUGAUCCCAAGCCAGAUGCUAUCGCCUUCUACUCUGCCAACACGAAUGCCGAACAUUACAAAUCCAUCACAACCACACUCGCCGAGAACAAGGCCGACGGCAUGCGCGAUCUUGCACAGCUAAUCACCUCGCACCUCCACCUCACCUUUCUCAAUACCUUUACCGACGGUUUCGUGGUCUUGACACCACAUUCAGAAAACACCCAUCUACUCACCGAGUACGCCCUCGCCCUUGCGGACGCUCUAAGAUCUUGUCCGGCCUCCCCUGUACCAUCAUCCUGCCCUCCGAAUAAUCUAAGCUGCACGCCAUGCUCCUCAAUAUCCCCACCUCCAGUCAAGAAACCGGAGUGUUAUACCAACAGCUCAACUAUCUACACCAUUGGUACCAUCCCCCACCCUCUCACUCUUGCCUCUCUCCUCUCCGGCAAAAAAGACAUCACGACGCGACACAUUCGGCGCGAAACAGAGCGCGAUCGCUGGCUCGGCGCUGUUACGGAGGAGACACUUGGAAAAAACAUUGGGGGUCCAUCACGUAUCGUCAAUUUCAAAGAGAUUGUGGCGAGUGACUGGGGUGUCGCGCGCGGCUUAUGGAUGACGGAAGAUCCAUCACCCGAGCACAAAGACUUGGAGUAUCAUUUCGGCUUCGAACUCGCGAAAUUCAAUGUGACUGGUCCGGAAACCGAGACUCUACCUUUAUCCAAAAAGGAAAAGAAACAGGUGGAUAGAGCUUAUGCCAUGCAAAAGAUGUUGCUUGCGAACUCGAAAGACUUGAUAAAGCAGAAGAAGGCAAAGGACGAGAAGCCGGGAGUGAAAGAGAUGGUGGAGGCGUGGAAUAUGGCGGAUACGGAGGCGUGGAGGUUUGUGAGGGCGUUUGGGGCGAGGGAGAAAGUGGAGAGGACACAGUGGGAGGAGGAAGAGAGGGCGUUUGCUGGUGGAGAGGAAGGGAGGCCUGAGGGUUGGGGAAGGUGGUUUGAUCGGAGGUAG